AUGAAAAUCUUCAAACGUAGUGAUCAUAGUGCUGUUAUUUAUAAUAGUUCGAUGUAUAUAUUUGGUGGUUUAGAUGAAUAUCGAUAUAAUAAUUUCUUUAAAUUUGAUUUUGAUACACAUAUACGGACAGAAAUAAAAGCUAAAGAUGAAUCAAAACUUUCAUUAAAACGAUGUAAACAUAGUGCUUGUAUUUAUGAUAAUAUGAUGUAUAUAUUUGGUGGUUGUGGGAAAUUUAAUGAUUGUCAUUCAUUUGAUUUUCGUACAUUAGAAUGGACAGAAAUAAAAUAUAAUAAUGAUUCACGUAUUAUACCAGCUAAAUGUGGUCGUCAUACAUGUAUUUUAUAUCGAGAAAAUCUUUAUAUGUUUGAUGGUUAUGUUGGUAUACAACGAAGUAAUGAAUUAUUUGUACUUAAUCUCUGA